AUUCUAUUUGCUUCAGUUGAAUCUUAUAGUGGGAACGAUGAAUUACUUUUUAAUUUUCGCAUUAUUUUCCUGUGGUGUGUUAAGCACUUGGGCAACAAAGCCGGCCAGCGAAGAUUCAAUGAAUCCAGCAUUAGUAACUGUAACUACAUUACUUGGAAAAGUAGUUUGCGGACCAGUAUCGGCACUAGCCUGUGUCGGUGUCGGACAAGCUGCCGUCGACGGUCUGAAAAAGUAUCGACAAACAAAGGACAUAACUCUUGCAACAACUGAAGCUGGCGAGCAAGCUUUAGCAAGGACUUCAGAAUUAUUCAAAUAUUUUGGAACUGCGGCCAGAUCCAGCGUUGAUGUUGUUAAAGAAAUUCAAAAUAGCGGCAAUGCAAAAGCAGUCCUUGCUCAACGGACCAAGGAAGUAAUUAACUAUUUUAAAGAAGAACUUAAGACGAAUCCAAAGGGAAAGGUUGCAUCAGCAUUGAUAACCGGUGGUAAUGUCGCAAUCACAUGGACGGUGGGACCAAUGACUGGAUGGGCUGCUGCCACAGUUGCCGUUGCUACCGCUGAUGGUUUACAAAAAUACAAAGAAACAGAGAAUGUAGCUGAAGCAACCAAAUUUGCCGCUAAAUCUGGUUUGACUAGCGCCUCGAAUCUCAUGAAAACUAUAUGCGGCCUAGUGUCGAGUAGUGUUGGCCUCGCAAAAGAUGUUUCAACGGGAAAGGGCGUAAAGAGUUCACUGCAACAACGUGGCAAUCAAGCUUUACAGAGUCUUGCAAGUAUGAAGAAAACUAACUAAAAGUUACGCACAUACCAGAGGACGAUGAAUAUAUGCACGCUCAUGUUUAUUAAUAAAUAGCAGCACAAUUUUUUUGAUAAAAACUGAAUAAAUAACAAUCAACAAUA